AUGUUAGAGAAUCAAAUAGCUCAACAGGCUAGCUCUUUAAAUAGUAAAGCUUUUGGGAAGCUUCCUAGCCAACCUGAGAAUCCAAGGGAGCAGUGCAAUGCUGUUACUUUAAGAAGUGGAAAGGUAAUGGGGGAAGAACACGAAAUUGAAGUAAAGUUGAAAGAAAAGAAAGAUGAGUGUGAGAGUGAAUCCACUUCAACUAAAGCUAAAGCUAGCAAGGAAGCAAAUGAAGAGAAAGAAGAUCAAAAGAAAAUAGAAGAGAAAUAUGUGCCUCCUGCACCAUACAAGCCACCAUUGCCCUUUCUUCAGAGGUUUCAGAAAGCACAAUUAGAUAAGCAGUUUGGGAAAUUCCUUGAAGUUUUGAAGAAGUUGUAUAUCAACAUUCCAUUCACCGAUGUUAUUUCUCAAAUGCCUUCUUAUGUUAAGUUUUUGAGGGAGAUUUUAUCAAAUAAAAGAAGGUUGGAAGAUUAUGAAACUGUUGCACUUACUGAGGAGUGUAGUGCUUUAUUACAGAAUAAGCUCCCACCUAAGCUAAAAGAUCCUGGAAGUUUUUCCAUAUCAUGUCACAUUAGAGAAAUAAGUAUUGAGAGAGCAUUAUGUGACUUAGGGGCUAGUGUUAGCUUAAUGCCGCUUUCCAUAUGUGAGAAGUUAAAGGUUGGAGAUCUAAAGCCCAUAACUAUUUCUUUGCAGUUAGCUAACAAAUCUAUAAAGUAUCCAGUUGGGAUUUUAGAGAAUGUGCCAUUAAAAGUUGGAAAGUUUUUCAUUCCAAUGGAUUUUAUUGUACUAGAGAAGGAGGAGGAUGUAAGAACGCCCAUCAUACUUGGAAGGCCAUUUUUAGCCACUGCAGGAGCUAAUAUAGAUGUAAAGAAUGGGAAAUUGAAGUUGACAGUGGGGGAGGAGGAAAUAGAGUUUAAUUUAUUCCAACAUUCCAAGGAACCAACUGUGAUGAAUUCUUGUUAUAAGGUAGAUGUUAUAGAGCAUGAUGAUAAAACUAAAGUUACUAAACUAGAGGAAAAUUAA